AUGGCGUCGCAACCCUUGCUCACCCCCCACAGCACCGUCACCAGCGACCCGGUCACCAACGCCCUCCUAAUAAUUGUCCGCUUCUCCGCCUCUAUCCCAGACCUCCCUCUCGACGUCCCAACCCCGGACACAACAACAGGCGCCGGCCUCAAACAACUAAUCCGCGCCAAUCUCCCCUCAAACCUCUCAUCCCACCGCCUCCGUCUCAUCUACGCCGGCCGCGGUCUAGAAGACUCAACCGCCUUAACAGCCUCUCUCAAACUCCCCUCAUCACCAGCACGGUCACCCCACGCAGACUCAGAGCACGAAGACUCUCAAGAUGGAAAUGGAAAAGGCAAACAGGCCGUUCGCGACAGCAGACCGCGAAUCUACAUCCACUGCUCCAUAGGCGACAUCGCACUCUCCGAAUCAGACCUCUCCGCCGAGUCAGAUAUGUCCUCUACCCUCCUCCAGAAACAAAAAGAAACUCCCCUCUCAGCUAUCUCAACCCGUACCUCCCCUCCUCCACCAACCACAACCCCCGCACCCCGCGGCUUCGACCGCCUCCUCAGCGCAGGCUUUACAGCGUCCGAAGUCACAGCCCUGCGCUCGCAGUUCCUAGCCGUUCAAUCCGUCUCCAGAACACCGGACACCAUGCCUACAGGCGAAGCACUGCGUGAUCUGGAGGAUCGGUGGAUGGACGAAGGGUCGACGGCUGCGUUGGCACAGGCUGGUGGAGAGGGUGGGGUUGGGGAUGAUGAUGGGGGCUUUGGGGGUGGUUCGAGGAGCGCGAUGGAUGACAUGCUUUGGGGGGCCAUUAUGGGAUUCUUUUGGCCGAUUGGGUGUGCUAUGUGGUUGAGAAGGGAGGAGGGGGUUUGGAGUUGGAGAAAGGGUGUUGCUGUUUUUGUGGGGGUGGUUGUCAAUGCUGCUUUUGGGGCUAUGAGGAUUAUGAAUUAG